ACAAAACACCUAAACGUAUGAACUGACAUUGCAGUUAGUACAAAACGACAGCCUGUUUAUGCUAGAAUUAACGUCAUUUGCGGCAUAUCGAAGAGCCGUUUCCGACUAUUACCACUGAAAAGCUAUGAAACAAAGGCAGUAUUGUGCAGUCUCGGGAUGCCCCAAUGCAAGAGGCAGCAGCACUGUCUCUCAGUCGGCAUCAUUCUACAGAUUUCCAGCUGAGUAUGAGCGGAAGAAGGUGUGGAUGAAAGUGCUGGGAGUUGUGAGCGUCAGAAGCUACAAAGUGUGCUCGUUGCACUUUACCGAAGACGCUUUUGUGGGCCGGCGCGAAGCUCUUGCACAAGCUGGCUACAAGACACGUCAGCUUCGUCGUGACGCCGUACCAACACAUCGCGAUAUCAAACAUGCGCCUGAAGAUGUCCAUGGCCCUCCACAGGGGCAAGACGACAUAACUGUUGAACCACUGGUGCAGGCUGUGAUACAAAGGAGGCGUUGUUGCGCAGUCCCUGGAUGCCCGAAUGGUAGUGGCAACUCUGUCUCUCAGUCGGUAUCAUUCUACGAUUUUCCACCUCAGAAUGAGCAGAAGCAGACGUGGAUGAAAGUGCUGGGAGUUCCAAGCGACACGUGCCACGGAGUGGUGUGCUCUUUGCACUUUAGUGAAGAUGCUUUCGAGGGCCGGCUUGAAGCUGAGGUGCAUGCCGGCUACGAGACACGACGGCUUCGUUGCGACGCUGUGCCAAUGUGUUGCGCUACCGAACACGCACCUGAAGAUGUCGGUGGCACUUGGCAUGUUCACGAUGACAAAGUUGUUAUCAGACAAAGGAAGCUAUGCGCAGUCCCUGGGUGCCCAAAUGCAAAUGGCAGCACUGCCUCUCAAACAGCAUCAUUCUACUGUUUUCCGGCUCGGAAGGAGCGAAGGAUGGUGUGGAUGAAAGCAUUGGGCAUUCUAGACGACAGCGGCCGCAAAGUGUGCUCAUUGCACUUUGGUGAAGACGCUUUCGAGGGCUGUCAUGAAGCUCGGAUGCACGCUGGCUACAAGUUACGAUGGCUUCGUCGUGACGCCGUGCCUACACUUCACGCUGCCAGACAUGCACCUGGAGAUGCUGGUGGCACUUGGCAGGUGCAAGACGACAAAACUGCUAUCAAGACGCAGCGUUGUGCAGUCCCAGGGUGCCCAAAUGCAAGUGGCAAGACUGUCCUCCAGUCGGCAUCAUUCUACAGGUUUCCAGCUGAGAAUGAGCGGAAGAAGAUGUGGAUGAAAGUGUUGGGAGUUCUGAGCGAGAAAAGACGCAGGGUGUGCUCAUUGCACUUUACUGAAGACGCUUUCGAGGGCCGGCUUGAAGCUCAGAUACAAGCUGGCUACAAGUUACGACGACUCCGUCGCGACGCCAUGCCGGUUCGUCACACUACCGAACGUGCACCUGGAUUUGUCUCUGGCACUCAGCAUGACGGCAGAACUCUCGCCAUAAAUGGCUUACACCUCCUUGGCUGUGACUACCGUGGCAAGCAUCAUGCGGCAACACAGAUGGCCUUGGAAAGAAAGGAAUCAAAAGGUGUACAGACUACUCCUUGUGUAAACCAGGGUAUGCAGACAGAUUGGUCCGUGGAUGUGCAGCCUAGAUUUCGUGUCGAGCAUACAGAGUGCCGGUGGACACAGUCGGAACUUUUUCCCUAGAAGUGGAUGUGAAAGACUUUGACUUUCAGUGCAUGAAUUCUUAAGGGAAGGUAGACAGUGAGUGCCGACUUCACGAGCAGCGUGGCUGGGCAAGGCCGAGCUAAUGUAAUCACAUCGAGUGCCUUUCAUAAGCGCCAUCUGAGCAGCUUCCAGACAGAUGAUACCGUCCAUCAUGUGAUGAGUCACUCAAGUAAGAAUUUUCUCUGCAUGUACAUGUAGCAUUUUGGUCUCAUGUUGUCAUGGAUGUAAAGAACAGUGUUCUGUUUUUCUUGAAGACAGUCUUCCAGUGCCUCUUCUACCAAGUUUCUGUGACGGGAUAAGAUGUUGACAAUAAUAUCUGACUGAAUUAAACUAGGGCUGCGCUUGCUCGCGCACUACGAGCACCGGCUUCUUUUCACUAUCCCCAGCAGUCUUCCCGUGUCGGGACUACGAUAAAAAAGUAAAACGCAUAACUUUCUGCUCAUCACUUUACGCAAAAUAAUUAAUACCUCCAGCAUUAAUCGAAUGGAACAACGUGAAAAUUCGGGCAAGUUGAUGAUGCAUGAUGCAGCACAGUGCAACUACCGAGACAAGGACGUCCUUGUUUGUCCUUCCUUCAGUCCUUGUCUCGGUGGUUGCGCUGUGACUCAUCGUGAACAGAAUAACCUACCAUCAUGCACAGGAGCUGAGGCUAGCUUACCAUCUCUUCAAGUCUUGUUGCAAGAAAACGGUUCAACCUAGCAGAUUAAAUAUUACUAUACUAGGCGACAACUUAUCUUGACAGUGGAGCGAAGGCUACGGAGGCAGGGCUUCCACACAUUCGUGUUGCUCUGCAAUUAAUACGGCAGCUUGCGGCUGAUUUCG